AUGGAUGAAGACAGGCCUAUUGCACGUGAGUUGAGGAGGAUUUAUUGGAUUACUGAAUUCUGGAAGGCAUGUGCCAGGGGCCCAAAAAGGAAGGAGUUGCCAAAAUCCUGCAAAGGCUACAAGGAAAUAAUCACUGGGUUAGAUACCUUAACUCUUUUUACGCGUGGGGCUCAUUGGUCUGUUGAGGAUUUGGUUGAAUCGAUUCUAACACUUACCCUCUCGAGUCAUGGCCAAAAUGUUGAACCUGAUUAA